CUUUGUGGGAUUUCAUCGUUGAUGAGGAUCAGAUUUGGCAUUUUGGGAACGGCUCAUAUUGCCAAUAGAGUAGCAGAUGCUAUAGAAAGUUCUGGACAUCAAGUUUAUGCCAUCGCAAGUAGAGACUUGGAAAGAGCAAAGCAGUGGGUUUCUGGACGAACCUCGAACAAGGAUGAUAUCAUUUGUUAUGGUUCAUAUGACCAACUCAUCGAAGAUGACCAAGUACAAGCUGUGUACAUUCCUUUACCUAGCAGCUUAGCAGAUUGUUGGGCACAACGUGCUGCGAAUAGUGGAAAACACAUAUUGGUUGAUAAACCGUUCUCUUCAGCUGAAAAUGUUCUGCAAAUCACGCAACUCUGUCGCCGGAACAAUUUAGCCUUUUUGGAUGGAACUCAGUUUGUUCACGGUCCACGCUUAAAGGAAAUGCAGAAUAUGAUACAAAGUGGUGCGAUUGGAAGGUUACGCAAAGUUAAUGCGGCUUUUACAGCUUGGAUUGUGGAUUCCACCAAUAUAAGAUAUGAUCCUUCUUUAGAACCUGCUGGUUGUGUGGGAGAUGUUGGUUGGUAUGUGGUCCGAUUCAUUCUUUCUUUUGUUGGAUAUGAUCGUAAAGUUAUUUCGGUAUAUGCCGUUGGCAACGAAACGGAUCAUGGAGCGAUGGACGAUUGUUGUGGAGUUGUACAAUUUGAAGACAACAUCACUGCUCACUUUGAUUGUGGAUUUACAAGUGGUUAUAGACAGUGGGGUGAAUGUUUGGGCACUUUGGGAAUGUUCAGAGUGGAUCGUUUUCAAGGAGCUCCUAUACCUAAUUCAAGCGAACAGAAAGAUCCCAAUUUACACUUUCAGUUUCGUCAAGUAGGAGAAGAAAGAAAUGGUCGCAUUGAACGAGUAGAAAAGGAAACCAAAGAUAUUUGGGUCCCAAGUGUUGGAAAACCACAAAGCGUAUUACUGAUUGAGCAAUUUGUCACUUUGAUAGAAAAACAAGACAAGGAAGAACGAGAGAAAUGGGCAAAGGAAGCCUGGAAAACACAAUUGCUAGUUGAUGCUAUUUAUCAAUCAGCCAAAACCAAACAAACCAUUUUGCUGUUAUGAAACAAAAAGAGAAAUAUUUGACUUUCUC